UAAUGCAAUGCACGUUGUUUGAAAUAAAAUCAAAUUUAAAAAAAAAUAGUUUUAAAUAUGUUCAUAAACAAAGUUGAUUCAAUAAACGAAAGGAGUUGAGAUCUAAACCAGAGUACCCUACUAGAUUGGCCUCCAUUCUCAGCAAAACAGCAAUGUUGGCCUUCCUUUGCCUUAUCCUCCACCUGUUGACGGCCUACGCUUCCGUUUCUAAUGGAAAACACAUAAUCCUACUCGCCGGACAAAGCAAUAUGUCCGGCCGAGGUGGCGUCCGAAACAACACCUGGGACGGCGUCGUUCCUCUUCAAUCCCAACCCCAUCCCUCAAUCCUCCGACUCACCGCCGGUCUCACUUGGGUCAAGGCUCGUGACCCUCUCCACAAAGACAUUGAUGUCAACGUAACUUGUGGUGUAGGUCCUGGGAUGUCGUUUGCUAACAGGGUAUUGGAGAUCCAUCCGCAGUUGGGUCCAAUCGGUUUGGUUCCAUGUGCGAUUGGUGGUCCACUAGGGACCAAAAUCACCCAGUGGAAAAAAGGGGGUUUUCUCUACAACCAGCUUCUGACCAGAGCCACGGCGGCUAGGACCGGCGGUGGGUCGAUUCUGGCGGUUUUAUGGUUUCAAGGAGAGAGUGACACCGUGAAUGAAGUGGAUGCGAAUAUGUAUAAACGAAGGUUAGCCAAUUUGUUCAAUAACCUGCGUGCUGAUCUUGGAUCUCCAUUGCUCCCUAUAGUUCAGGUGGCUAUAGCUUCAGGGCAAGGAUCUUUUGUGGAAACUGUGAGAAAAGCACAGCUGGAAACGAAGCUACGGAAAGUGAGUUGUGUGGAUGCUAAGGGGUUGCCAUUGCUAGCAGAUAAUCUGCACCUUAGCACCCCGGCUCAGGUGCGUCUUGGUGGAAUGUUAGCCGAUGCGCUCUUCAGGCUAAGAAAGUAAUAUCUCAAUUGCUUUCACACCAUUGCCAAUUUGCCAGUUGCCACGUAUGUUUUUUUUGUUAUUACUUUAUUUGAGUAUUUGGGUCAAGUGUAUUAACUAAUGGAAUUGAAACCUCAAAAUGAAUAAUAUCAACGUAAUACCCAUCAUUUUUAAAGC